CGAUUUAUGUUCUCCAACACUAAUACAAAACACUUCCAAAAACAGAACAACAACAAAGCAAAAGCAAGAUCAAUACUCCAGCUCAAAAAGUUACUAGUCAUACUCAAACAGUCAAACUAGAAAGAAGUAGAACAACAAGAACAACCAAACUUCAAUAUAUAACAUCAACAUCAACAAUGGAAAUGUUCAGCCACCACAACAACGGCGGCGCGUGUUCACCAUACGACGGCAUGAGCCCGAACUCCAACUCUACAGACGAAGAGGGGCUCAUGCUGGCGUCAGCAUACCCGAAGAAACGGGCGGGUCGGAAGAAGUUUAAGGAAACCCGGCACCCGAUUUUCCGGGGGAUCCGACAGCGUAACAACGGGAAAUGGGUUUGCGAAGUGAGGGAACCGAAUAAGAAGACGAGAAUAUGGUUAGGUACUUUCCCAACUGCUGACAUGGCAGCAAGAGCUCAUGACGUGGCAGCAAUGGCACUCCGUGGUCGUUCUGGUGCUUGUCUUAACUUUGCUGACUCAGCAUGGCGGUUACCAAUCCCUGCUUCCUCCGAUACGAAAGAUAUUCAGCGCGCUGCGGCGGAGGCGGCGGAGUUAUUCCGGCCUCAACCGCCGCCUUCUGAGGAGGAGGAAACGGUGGCUGAACAACCGGAAACGGCGGCGGGAACUUCUAAUUCCACCAAUAUGAGUUUUAGUAAUAAUGCGGAGUUGUAUAUGGAUUAUGAAUCAGAGAUGAGUUCACCCGGUAUGAUUGCUGAAAUGUACCAUGGGAUGGGAAUGCUUCCUCCACCUUCUGAUCAUUUUACCGGUUGGACCGGUAAUUACGAAGAAGAAGGAACCGAUUUGCCACUCUGGAAUUUCUCGAUUUAGAAAGGGAAAAAAAAAGUGAAAAAUUUAUCUAUUUUUUAGUGAAUAAAAAUUUAGGAUCAAAAUUUUUUGUAUUUAUUAUGUAAGAAGAAGAAAAAAAAGUGUUCGUUUGUUCGUUAGAGGUAAGAGGUAAUAAUUAAUUAGAACAGAGUAUUACAGAGUAUGGAGUAUUAAUUAGUCUAGGGAGUAUUGCGGAGUACUGUACUAGCAUAAUUUUUGUAAGUCAGCCGUUACCGAAUUUUUUAAUUGGUAUAGGUGGUAUGCAAGUAUUGUUACA